GUUUCAUCUACUCCAAAACUCCAAGCAAAGAGAAACGUCGACGAUGGCGACAAUCGGCGGAGCUCAACAAACAGAUAAAAAGCGUCGAUCAAUCUUCGAAGUUUCUGCAAAUUUCUUCGAUUCCUGUCGUCUUCUCCCUCCGUCAAACCUCCUUCAAUAUCAACUUUUUUCUCCAUUUUCUGCAAUUUCCUUCGUCGAAGAUGAAGAAACCCUAACUUCACACCGUAGAGAUGAUGAUGAAGAAAAAGAAAUGAAUUCAUCGGCAAAUUGUAUUACUUCUACUAGUAAUCAUAGUAUGAGUCGAUUGUCGUGCAAUACUUGCAAGUCUGAAUUUUGCUCUCUUCUUGACCAACGCUCGCAUUUUAAGUCUGAUCUUCAUCGUUUCAAUGUAAAGCUAAGCCUUGCGGGAAAAGAUAUUAUGAAGGAGGAUGACUUUGAUGAGUUAACUUCUGACUCUUUUUCAAAAGACUUCGAUGUUUCCAGCAUAUCUGGAUCAGAAGAUGAAGAUGAAAGGAGACCCCGUGCUUGGAAUAGCACAAACGAGAUGUUGGUUCAAACUAUCAAGCAGAAAUUACAUAUACGUCUUCUCUCAGGGGAGAAAAUAUCCAUUUGGAAGUGCAUGCUGCUGAAAGAUUCUGAGAAUGUUUGUUAUGACAACAAUCAGAUAGUGGUUAAUGACGACUAUGGACAUUUGUAUAGCUUGAAAGAAGCUGAUGUAAUACAGAAGUUGAAAGCCUUGACUCGUGAGCCGAGAGAUAAGAACCACUUCAGGAUUGUAUUACUGGCGAGUGGAGGACAUUUUGCUGGUUGUGUUUUUGAUGGCAACAAUGUAGUUGCUCACAAGACAUUCCACAGAUAUGUUGUGAGAGCGAAGGCUGGCAAAAGACAGUCAUCUAAAGAUGCAAGUGGCAAGUCCAUACAUUCUGCUGGUGCAUCUCUUCGCCGUUACAAUGAGCUUGCUUUGAGGAAGGAUAUUUAUGAAUUGCUUGCUUCUUGGAAGCCCUAUUUUGAUGCAUCUUCUUGUGUUUUCAUUUAUGCACCAUCAAACAACCGCCAACUAUUCUUCAAUGGUGAGACCUCACUCUUUAGCAACCAACAUUCUGAUGCUAGGAAUAUUCCAUUCAGUGUACGAAGGCCCACCCUUAAGGAAGCACGGCGUGUAUUUAACCAGUUGAGCCAAGUUACUUAUGAGAGUGAGGAGGAAGAGGUUCUUGAUAUAAAACAGACUCAGUUAGACGUUCCUGACAUAAAACAGAUUCAGUCAAGUGAAAGCUGCAUAACUGAUGCAAACCUUAGAAAGGAUGACAAAAUGGAUGAAGUGAGGGUGAGAAAAGGGGAUGAAUCGUUUGGAAGUGGUAAUUUAUCUGAUGAACACUCUUCAUCCGAUGAAGGUGAUAAAGAAGUCAGAAAUACAACACCAUUGCAUGAAGCAGCAAGAUCGGAUAGUUGCCAAAAGGUUUUGGAGCUUUUGGAGCAGGGAUUAGAUCCUACUAUUAAAGAUGAAAGAGGGAAAACACCCUACAUGCUGGCUACUGAGAAAGAAGUAAGGAACACUUUUAGACGCUUUAUGGCUGCAAACCUUGAUAAGUGGGAUUGGCAUGCAGCAAAAGUUCCCAGUGCAUUGACUACAGAGAUGGAGGAGUCUCAGGCUUCUAAACAGGCUGAAAAAGAUGCAAAGAGGAAAGCAAAAGCUAAAGAGUUGAAGAAACUACGCAAAGCAAGAGAAAGGGAAAAGAAAGCCCAGGCCAAAGAAGCUGAAUCGCUAUCUGUUGCACCAGUUUCACAGAUCAAGAAUGCCGCAUCACCUUCAGUCAGAAAUAUUCGAUCUGGCGCUACUGCAAGAUUUUCCAAAGAGGAGGAAUUAAAGAUGAAACAAGCCCAGGAGAGAGAAAAGAGGGCUGCUGCAGCUGAAAGGAGAAUAGCUCUGGCUGCCACCACUACAACUAACACCCAAGUGGCUAAUGUGCCUGCAACUACAAGCACAUCCCAACCAAAAAGCAGCGCAGGAAGUUCUGAUAUUGUUUGCUCCUGCUGUAAUGCAUCCUUGGCUGGUAAAGUUCCCUUCCAUAGGUAUAACUACAAAUACUGCAGCACAACUUGCAUGCAUGUUCACAAAGAAUUUCUCGAAGUAUGAAAACUUCUCUAAAAAAUUACAGCAUUUUCUCUGUCCAAAGUUAAUUUCGAUUUUAUUUUUUAAGAUGCGACAUAGCAUUGUUUUUCAUUUUGUUUUUUUUAUGAUAGUCUGUGGAAGUAGGUAUCCCAACCCAAUCCAUCUAUUUUAUACUAGCAGUCCCCAUAAAAUUGAAAUGGCUUUGUACGCGUUCCGCGUGUGUGAUAAGAAAAGGCGGGAAUUUUGAAAAUGGACUUCACAUCUUCACUUGUUCUAAGUGAACAAAGCCUUUUUUGUGUAGUUUUGUAUUUUUCCUUUAUGCAAUAGUAAUUAAUUUAUGCAUUUUGAAACAUGCAUAGUACAAUUACUUGGGCCGAUCUAAUUGGAGCCCGUGCUUGCACAUGAGGGAACUAAAAUUUUGUAAAAAAGUUGAGUUUGUAAGAGUCGAACUCCAAACCUAUUUUAUUAAAGCCUUUGUGCACACUCAUGACUUACUGAGCUACACACUUUCUGUGUACUCUUUUCUCUUGAUUGUUUAGUUACUGAGUUUGACUCCUGAAUCUGCUAAUGUACAAUUAUAUGAAUGAUAAAUCACUUAAUGCCAUUUUUGAGAAA